UUAUAAAAAAAAAUUGUGAGGAAUCAGAAAUGCACAGAUCAAAACCUCGUCGGUCAGCCGUCGUCUCGACCUAGCAACACGGAUCCGGCGGCGAUUCCCAGUCUGCACUCCGUCCGAGGCAGAGGAAAGAAUGGCAUCUUCCGGCACCAGCAUCGCCGUCGCAGAGGCUGUCUGGGAGCAGAUCAAAUCCUCCCGCUCAGCGUCCGACGAUCACCUUUCCAUAUUGCACUUCCUCUUCGGCAAGAACUUGGAGCGCGCCACUAGGAUCGUCGACCAGGGAGGCGUCCGGAAGUUGUCAGCCACGCCCAGCCGCCGGUCCCUCUUCUUGGUAGUCGGGGAGUCAAGGAAGAAAGAGGAGUACAUCUGCUUCCCGGAGCACCACUGCACUUGCUAUUCCUUCUUCUACGACGUUGUCAAUCGGGGGGAGCAGCUCUGCUGUAAGCAUCAGAUAGCUGCUCGGUUAGCGGAAGCUGUUGGCCAGCUCGAGGAGAUGGAGGUGUCUGAUGAGCAGUUGGCGGUGAUGCUAUCAAAGCUCUGAUUCAAAGAAGUGGAACCCCAUCUGAUUAGUUAGUUAUCUUGUGUGCUUCCCCUUUGUGUUUUCUAAGAUGUUCAUGUUAUUUGAACUUGGUUUGGAUCCAAACAUACAUUAGACAUGGUUA